ACCCUUUCAUGAGAAGAGGUCGUUUACGUUAACCUCAAAUUUUUAACAAAAUCACGCAUACAUAUGAACGAUAUAAUAAAAAGAAUAUAACGAACACAGACAAUAACAUUUAUAUAAAUAAAUCUACUAUUAUUUAAUUAUUACCUGUUUACUGAAUUUACAAGCGUAAUGAGAUACGGUCAGCUAGUAAUGGGUCCAGCUGGUAGUGGCAAGUCGACCUAUUGUUCUACUAUGCAAAGGCAUGCAGCAGAUGAGAAUAAACUGUUGCACAUAGUAAAUUUAGAUCCUGCUGCAGAAUAUUUUGAUUACGAACCAUUAGUUGAUAUAAGGGAACUUAUACAUGUUGACGAUGCUAUGGAGGAUGAUGAGUUAAAAUUUGGUCCAAAUGGAGGACUUAUUUUUUGCAUGGAAUACUUGGUGGAAAAUUCGAAGUGGUUGGAAGAGAAACUUGGUGAUACCGAUGACGAUUACAUUCUCUUUGAUUGCCCUGGUCAAAUAGAAUUGUAUACACACAUGACUGUCAUACGCAAACUUAUCGAAGUACUCCAAACUCUGGAUUUCCGUUUAUGCAGUGUCUUUCUCAUUGAUAGUCAAUUUAUGGUGGAUGGAGCAAAAUUCCUUUCUGGAACAAUGGCUGCACUAGGUGCCAUGAUAAACUUAGAAUUACCACACGUUAACGUCCUAAGUAAAAUGGAUCUACUGUCCAAGAGCGCCAGAAAACAAUUGGAUAAUUACUUAGAGCCAGAUCCACAAAGUUUAGUGACAGAGAUUGGCAAUGACCGAUGGAGUAAAAAGUAUCAAAAGCUUACAGAGGCUCUCGGAAGUAUUGUAGAGGACUACAGUUUAGUACGCUUCUAUCCGCUGAAUAUAAAAGACGAGGAAAACAUUGGAGAUAUUCAGUUAACUAUAGAUAAUAUCAUACAGUUUGGUGAAGAAGCAGAUGUAAAAACUAGAGAUUUUUGUGAAGAGGAUGAAGAAGAGCAUGAUGAUACGUAAAAAGUUGGAUGAUGAAUAAACGCUAUGAAAUAUUUUUUAGAAA